AGCCACUUGUGUUUGCGAAACCCGUUUUGCAAGGCACUCAAUUUGAAAAUUUUUUAUCGUUUUCAGUAUAACCCUAAAAGGAGUUUUAAGUACGCAUUAUAAAUCACAUACACCAAGAUGGAGAAGUUUGCGUGUAAGAGCACUUGUGUAUGCGCCGCAUGCUACGAGCAGGAAGCGAUGGUGGCCUGCCUCGAUGUGGUCCAGGCAAAGGAACAAUGUGCGAAAGCCGUUGUAAAUGAGACGCCGCUCCAACAACAAUGUGCGAAAGCCGUUGUAAACGAGACGCCGCUGCAACGUAAGAAAUUGCCAAAGACAAAAGCCCUGAAGAAGUGGGAGGACUUCGUCGAGCGGGCAUUGGUGAGGAUCACAACCAUUUCGAAGAGAGUUGCAAAAGUGUUGCGGCACGACCGAAAGACGGUGUUGGAUGCGCAGGGCUACGCCGCCGUGAACCACGUUGCGAGAAAGUGCAAAUGCAGUCCCGAAACCAUCCACCAAGUUGUCAGGAUCGACACGAAAAAGCGGUUUGGUUUGAAGCGAUCUGACCACGGGAGCUUUGUGCGGGCGGAGCAGGGCCACAGCAACCCGAAAGUCAACAUUUCCCACCGGCUGCUGAAAAGCGCGGAGUGCCGGAACCUCAAAGUCCCAAUUUUGCACGGAACGAGCCUGCAAUCCUGGAAACAAAUCCAAGCCACAGGCGGGCUCAAGAGAAUGAAGCGGAGCCACGUGCACCUGGCCAAGGGGUGGCAUGCCAAAAGCGGCAUGCAAGCAAACACGGAGGUGGUUCUAGUGGUCGAUGUGGUAGCCGCGAUUGAAGAGGUGGGACUGGAAUUUUUCGAAAGUGCGAACGGAGUUGUUCUCUGCGCAGCUGACAUUCCACUCAAGUUCAUCACAGUACAAGGAAAUGGCGUCUUUUGCAGCAAGACAGUUUUACCUCUAUCCAUGCCGUCAACGCGAGCUCCGUCCGAGGCCGGCAGUGAUUCGGAAGGCGAACAGGAGGACUUUUCCGGGAAGAAGGCACUGAGGCCAACGUACAGCGCUCGAAUCCCUUGGUGGUUAAGAAGAUGAGAUGUCGUGGAGGUUGAGGAGAAAUGUCAAGGGCAGUAUAAUGUGACAUCACCUUGAACUAGCCCGAAUGACGGAGAUACGAGGGGAAAGGCGGAGAGGAUUCCGUGGUGGCUGCGUCAGCGAUGGUCGGGACAGGAAAAAGACUCUCAAGGCGAGUACCGUGGCAAAGCAUGACUACAGGAGGAAUUGCGCCAGAGCGACUGCUGAGGACUGUGCCGCAUGUUGACAGGUGGAAACUGCCAGGAUAUGAGGAAAACUCCGCGGACUUCGCGAAAGCUGCCAGCACAAAAAGGUCAUCUGCCGGGACAGGAGGACAAGACGAAAAUAAAAGCGCAUCUGCUAAGAACGGUAGCGAAAAAAGUGGCUGCGAAGACCCACGCUGCACAACUUCUAACUUUCGUUUCCAGGAUUUCUGAGUAAAAGCAAAAGGAACUACUACUUUUUUUCUCGUGCAUUAGUUUCUCUUCCUUGUUGCCAGCAAGUAGAGCACUGUCAAAAAAGCAAGUUCGAAUGUACAAUAUUUCUCGAUGGUAAAUCAUUCAAGCAAAUAAAAGCUAGAGGUCAAGUUCGAUGUUCCAAAGCUCGAGUUUCAGAACUUUGUGUUUUCAUAUCAUUGUCAAGAUCAUCACAUAGCCCUAGUUACCCCGCCACUUACUACGACGAGCAUGAAAGUUGAAUCGCCCACGGUGUACCUUGUUUCAAACUUCUACCAAUUUAGAUAGCGCCUGAGCGGCAAGUCUUCAGCAAAGUAUCAUGAGCACUCAAAUUAUAGCACAUUCUAUCUAUCACUACCCGUCAUUGUUUCCAAACGUCGUCUUACAUACAGCAACAAACAGUAUCAAGUUUUUGAGUUCGAAAAUACACAGGAAGUACCCACAAAAGCAUGCAGUGAAGAUAUGAGGCGGCAAAUCGACCGAGUCACCAAGAUGUAUCUCAGCAACUAGAAUCUGAAGCUCUUGAUGAAGUUCAAGCGAAUCUUCCGACAAAAAUGGAAUCAGACCUUGUAGCUGCAAGGAC